AUGCAAUGCUGGCGAUGUCCCGUCCGAUUCUCAGCACAGCCUCACCGAUCUGCUAGACGACUGCAGUCGACCGUCGCGCGAGGGACCGCCUAUGAGGAGCUUUGCCAACGAUACCUGAACGAACAAUGGGGCAUGUCACUCAUGCUCGUCGGCGGACGCAAUGACAGAGGGGUCGAUCUUCGUGGCUACUGGUCUUUGCCCCUGUACGAGCCAUCGUCCGAUGACACGAUGCUCGUCAGCCGUCGAGUACGCAUUCUCGGCCAAUGUAAAGCAGAGCGCAAGAGGCUCGGUCCACGAGUCAUUAGAGAGCUAGAGGGAACACUAGGCUGGGAGCAUCUUGCUCUCGGAUCGACGGUGCCGACUGCAACGGGUGCAAGUCAGCCGACUGAGGAUGAGCAAGAUGUCACGCUGCCAACCAUCGCCGUCUUGCUCUCGCUCUCCGGCUUCACCCCUGCAACUCUGUCCAGGACAGCUGCAAGCCCGCUGCCGGUGCUCUGCAUGCACAUCGAGUACGCUCAGUCAGACGAGCCAGCAACACUUCAGGAUGAGCAGCAGACUGGCAAAACCGUCGCGCAGUCAUCCUGCCGCUCGGCGCUCUGGAACGCGGCCGCCCAACGCGUGCUAGGACCCGCAUUUGAGAUCAGAUGGCACCGAAGCAUGCAAAACACCGCUCUGGCAAACACCGAGGAAAUGGUCGAGCGGCCUCGUCUGUACUGGAACGGACGAGAAUAUCCCUCGACGAACACAAGCCAGCACGCAAAUGCAAAUGCAAUGACGCCCGCUAUAGCACAUGGCGCACAUGCGCCCGACUCUGCUCGCUCGUGA